UGCUUCUCAGUCAGUCAGGCAGACCUCAGGGCUCAGGCUCAGUUGAGAGCCGUGCGGCGUAUAGUUAGGUUGUAACUUUUGUUGUUCUCUGAACGGUUGCUAUGCUGCUGCAGUCAUUGAGCGGUGGCGUGGUGCCACUCCUCUUCCUUUGUGUGUUACAGUCAGCUAUUGGAGGCUAUCUACUGACAUGGCCACGCAAAUGGUCGGUGGGAGCACGGUCGCAGAUUUGUAUCGCGCUCGACAGCCCGGCGGCCCCCGACGACGCUAUAACCAUGCAGGUCAUUGAAGGGGCUGGCCCUCGAAGCGGGGGCGGUCGCCCUUGGUUUGGGUUCAAUUCUGAAGACGAGCCAGUGAAGGACAGAAAGGUUCUAAUUGCAGAUCGUCAGUUCAAGCCUCAUGGAGACUCGGCGCUGUCGUGCGACGAAGUUCAGCUGCCGGCCACGACGGACCGGUACGCGGAGGUCCGGGUCAACGGACGUCUCGCUGGAGUCGAUGUCAACGAAACUAGAACCAUCCGCAUCCAGGAGUCCGUUGGCAAAGUCUUCAUUCAGACCGACAAAUAUCUUUACAAGGCGGCGCAGAAAGUGCAAUUCCGAGUGCUUACUCUGCUGGGACCGUUCUUCAAAGUGUCUACGCUUCCUUACAAGGAAAUCUUCAUAGAGACGCCAUCCGGCUCCCGCAUUGCACAAUGGCUGGACGUUGCUAACCCGUCCGGCUUGAUCCAUCUCGACCUGCAGCUCAUUGACGAACCUGAGGAGGGCACCUACAACAUCGUGGUGCAGCCAACAGGAGGGGUCGAAAAGACCAGCAAGUCAUUCAAGAUCGAAGACUACGUCCUGCCUCGCUUUGAAGUCACACUCAAGCCUCCUCCGUACAUCUUGGCUGACGCUAAAUUGCUCAAAUUUGAAGUCUGCGCUCAGUACACCUUCGGUCAGCCAGUUCGCGGCAACGUGUCUCUGAAUAUUAACAACAAUGCCUGGGGUCGCUAUAAAGUCGAAAUGAACUUCCAGGACCAGUUGGUGGGCUGCAAAACUCUCGAGAUUCCGCUUCGAUCGUUCGACAUCAACAGUCCCAACUACUAUGCGUACAGCAUGCAGGUGGAUGUCAAGGUAGAGGAAGAAGGCACGGGAGUCGUUAUCAAGGAGAGUACAUCGAUCUCCAUCACUCGCACUGUCCUCACCUUCAAAAACAGCGGCUUUACCGAGUUCAAGAAGCCGGAGCUGCCUUAUACCACUUCUUUCGUAGCAGAGUUCCCCGACGGUCGCCCCGCAGCCAACGAGCCGAUGACGGUGUGUGCCGGGGACGUGUGCCGCAACAUCACCACGGACGCUACUGGGCGCCUGCAGUUCUCCGUGCCUCCGCACCUACAUCAGCACAAUGCCGAGAUCAAGGCAGUGAACUACCCUCGACGUGACCUAGAGAACUCUACACGCGCCUACAUGUACGAGUCUCAGACCAACGCCUACGCCACCCGCUACUUCUCUCCCACCAAUUCUUCGCUGCUCAUCAACCCUGAGAACAGAGAGCUUAGCUGUACUCCUGGCAGCAGCAUCCAGCUGCAGCUCCCUGUUAUGUAUGCCUUUGCCAACAUGACUGAGGCUACCCUCUAUGUCCAGGUUGUAUCGAGAGGUCAAAUUCAAUUUUGGGACAGUCAAAAGGUAAAAUUGACGGCGACGGAGCUGCCCAUUGAUGCAGCUACCUUGCUGGCACCCAUGCAGCCUCCUCUGUCACCCUUCACCAAACGCGGGGCUCUCACCUUACCCCUCACUCUGCCGUCCACCGUAUCACCUACUGUUUACGUGCUGGUAUGGUACACUCGCGACGACGGUGAGGUCGUGUCAGAUUCCCAAGAGCUGAAGAUCAGCAAGUGCCUCAACCAAAAAGUUGGUCUGUCGUGGCCCAAGGACCGCGUCGAGCAAGGCACGCAGCUUCCCCUCACACUCACCGCCCAACCAAAUUCUCUCUGCAGUCUCGGUAUUGUGGACAAGAGCGUAGAGCUGCUAUCAGCGUCGCAGAACUCGCUCACACUGGAUGCCGUGUUUGAGCUCGCUGAGCAGGCAAACGUGCGGUCGUGGGAAGAGUCACAAAUCGACAACAACGAAUACUGCCGCAAGUUGAAUCCUCCAGAGGCUAACCCUGCAGACCCAUCGCCUCCGGGUCCCAUACCCAUCCCUCUACCUCGGCCUGUGCCGUUCAUGCCCGCGGACGAGCCUGCACAAGAUGAACCGAUUGCCAACUCCGAGACUCCCGAGAAGGAGUCAGGGAAGGAUGACAAGACCGUCGUGGUGCCUGGCGAGACCCCAUCAGUGCCAGCCACAGCUGCUGGCGGCGAGACUACAACUCGUAGCAGGAGGAGCAUCGCGCCUUGGCCCUGGCAUUACAACCGAUAUAAUUCCGACAUGGUGGAUGCCCUCAAAAUGUUCGAUGAAGCCGGAUUGUUCGUGAUCUCUGACCUGAAGUUGGAGACGCGCCCGUGCCAACAAUAUCAAGCAUACGGAUCACCAUAUGCCAUUGCUCGAAGUGGGGGAGCUGCUAUGGUAGCCAAUGCAGAAUUCGACAUGGAGAUGUCGGCUUCAUCUUCUGUGAUGCAUAGUGUGGGUUAUGGUGGACCUGGAAUCUACGAGUUCGACCACCACCAAAUCACAAACGCAGCUCCACGGGUAUACUUCCCAGAAACUUGGCUCUGGUCCCUCAAAGCCGUAGACACUGGAAGUUACACAGAAGACCUCACCCUGCCGGAUACCAUCACGGAAUGGAUCGGGAAGGCCGUAUGUGUCCACCCUGAUAAGGGGUUAGGUAUUUCUGACCCGGCAUCUGUUACAACAUUUACUCCCUUCUUCAUCGACUUGACUCUUCUGCCUUCAGUCAAAAUGGGAGAGGUUAUGCCUGUCAAAAUCUCCGUCUUCAACUACUUGGAGAACUCUUUACCUGUGCGCGUGACGCUGGAGCCGAGCCCCGAGUACGAGAUGCUAGGCGAGUCAGGCGCCGAGGCCGCCGCUGACCAGGCCGCUGCGGGCGUGCGUUCCGUCUGUAUACCCAGCCAAGACAAGCAGACUGUCGUCAUCAGGGUGCGUCCUCUAGCCGUCGGUGACGUAAACCUGACCGUCUCAGCUGCCGUGGAUGCCGCGUAUCCCGAAGAGUGUGGCCCUGAAGUUGUCGUAAACAAAGCUGAUCGCAUCAUCAAGCCCAUCGCGGUUGAUUACGAGGGCUUCCCUAGAGAGAAGACAUGGACGAAAUACAUCUGCAGCGAAGACGCCCCUGAGAAUCAAGACCAUUUCGCCGAGUGGCGUCUCGAGGCUCCCGACCGCAUCGUGAACAACUCGGCCCGCGCUUGGAUCACAGCUGCCGGAGACUUGUUGGGGCCCACUCUGGAGAACUUGGGCCAGCUGAUAAAAAUGCCGUACGGAUGCGGAGAACAGAACAUGCUCAACUUUGCCCCCAACAUCUACGUGAUGCAAUACUUAGCGGCUUCUAAUCAAGGCAACGAUGAAGUCAAUGAGAAACUCGUCCGCUUCAUGCAAAAUGGGUACCAGCGUGAGCUGAAUUACAAACAUCGCGACGGAUCUUAUAGCGCGUUCGGCGAGAGCGACGACUCAGGGUCAACGUGGCUCACUGCGUUUGUUGUGAAGUCUUUUGCUCAGGCGCGUCCCUACAUUUCUGUUGAUGCUACCGAGCUCGCCAUGAGCUCUGACUGGCUCAAGAGCCGUCAACUCGAGAACGGCUGUUUUGAGAGCGUGGGAAAAGUUCUCCACAAGGGCAUGAAGGGAGGCCUGGCUGAGGGUGGUGCCGCUGACGUGUUGUCGGCCUACGUAAUGGCAGCUCUUUUGGAAGCUGGCGAAGAGCCUACCGGCAAGGCCAUUGCAGAGGCCGUGACUUGCAUCGAAGCCGCGACGGCUGCCAACACGAAGGGUGCUUCUGACGUUUACUUGCUGGCGCUCAAAGCUUAUGCAUACAGUUUGGCACGCUUGCCUCAGACCGAAGCAGUUAUUACAGACCUCAUUGCCAAAUCUACGCAGAACUCUGCUGGAGUUUUCUGGGACAUGAAAGGCCUGAACGGCAAGGAUAACGCUGCGCUCGCGGUUGAGACGACGAGCUACGCUCUUCUGGCGAUGCUGAACGCUGAUGUGCCGCAGGCUCAGGAUUUGGGCCCACAAAUCGUCAAAUGGAUUUCUUCUAUGCGGAAUAGCCAAGGUGGAUUUGUUUCAACUCAGGACACCGUGCUGGCCCUCCAAGCUCUGGCACUCUACGAAAGCCAUCAGACUCAGGAGCCUCUCGAUCUCAGCAUCACCGCUGUUGGCCAAGGCCUCAGCGCUCAGUUCAAAGUGACUGAGAAAAACAAGCUGCUGACACAGCGCGCAGAAGUGGACGUGGUGCCGAACACGGUUACUCUGGACCUGGCCGGCACUGGAUGCUCUCUCGUCCAGGCUGUGGUGCGCUACAAUGUCCGAGAACCCCUGCCCAGCGAAGCCUUUACCCUGAGCGUGUCUACAAGCAUUGAUUAUGACGCUAAAAAAUGCGAUGCAAACAAGAUCAAAGCCUGCGCUUCUUACCUCCUCAACGACCUCGAGUCCAACAUGGCCGUCAUCGAAGUAACGCUCGUGUCGGGUUAUAUUCCUGAUAAGAAAGACCUGAAGCGUAUUGUCGGUUAUGGCACUGGUGUCAUCAAGCGAUACGAGGUUGAUGGUAGCAAGGUCCUCUUCUAUAUCGAUCAAUUCUCUGCCCAAGAAACUUGUGUGGAAUUCACUGCGAUCCGAGAAGCUGAGGUUGAGAACGCCAAGGCAGGCACUGUCAAAGUGUACGAUUACUACGAGCCGGAACUCGUCGUCAGCGAAACGUACGAGUUUGAGAGGCAAUGGUCGUGUAACAAUCCCCCGAUUGUCGUGGAUCCCGUCUGGGUGGACGACAUCGUACCAGAGGAGGCGGCCAACGGCGCCGCUGACGCCGCUGCGGUUACUGACCAAAAUGCGCCCCUCGACGGCCUUCUUGACGAGCUUGACAAGUUGCCGUAGUAAACUUGACAGUUGCCGCAGUAAACUCAAACUCACCUAAUGUAGAAGUCUUUAGGUUUGUUAACGCUUCGCUUAUAUCAAUAUAAUCUUACUGGAAAAUUGAACAGGGUCGAAGUUGAAACGACGAUUUAUGUAACAUUUUGCAUGACAAAUUUUCAGACGUUUGCCUAUCAUGUGUAGCAGAUUUUUUCGUUUAAUCGCGGUAGUUUUUUAUUAGUGCAGUGUUGGGUGCGUCAUUUGUUUUCCCCAAGUAUUUACUUACUUAUCUGGAAUUAUUAUUUUUUUUUCACGAGUUCUAUUUAAAAACAAUUUCUGAAGCUUGCGAUUUGGUCUUGAUAUAUUUGUUUGCCACUUGAUACAAUUCGGAAUUAGUUCUUCAUAUUCGACUAUAAAAAUAGAAAUUUAGAAGUGGAGUUAAAUCUAAUAAUACACAACGACACCAUCUUCAUUUCAUACAACGUUAGCUAGAUCUAAGCUGUAAUUUUAAUUUUACCGGACGUCGUUUGUGUUACCUUAAUUUUUCGUUUUGGAAGUGUCACAUUCAUAUCGCAUAGUUUCAAAACUUCUGCAUUAUAUUUCCUCAAUUCUUCUCCUUGCAUAAAAUCUAUAGCGCAGUAAAAUAAUCGGACUAUCUACAUACUUUCUCAGUCGCUGGGCGGUUAUAUUUUCUGAGUAAAGUUCGUAUUAUAAA